AACAAGUUUAAAGAGCUAUGGCAGAUAUAAAUGCAUUUUUACAAUGUUUUUGCAAAAUUUUCGAGUGUUUUGAUUUGUGUAUGAGAUGCGGACAAUGCAUAAAUCUAUAUUGUGAUAAAGAUCCAUUGAUCAGUUCUGAUGCUCAUUCUGUUGUAGAAGACAAUCAAGUACCUCAGAAUCAAUCUGUAGAAGGAGACAACCAUAAUGGAUCAGAUUUUGUGGCAAAAGGACCACCGUUUGCUAGUGUGAAUCUAAAUGAUGCAGAAAUAAUCACUUCCCAGCCUAAAAGAAGUGAUGUUGAAAUUGUUUUUGGAAUUGAUCACGAAAAUGAACUGACAAGCCCGCCCAAAUAUGAAUCUUUAGAUGAUAAACAUUCUUUAAAUACAAGAAAAUAA